ACCCUUUCAGGACACCUCAGGGACACACACAUCCACAGCUCCUCCUCCUGGGCAGCACCAUGCGGUCCCUGUGGCUCGGCUGGGCACUCUGGGCACUGUCCCUGGGGCCCGGGGCAGCUCUGACUGGCGAGCAGGUCCUGGGCAGCUUACUGCAGCAGCUGCAGCUGACUGAGCCGCCGGUCUUGGACAAGGCUGAUGUGGAGGGGCUGGCCAUCCCCUCCCACGUGAGGGCCCAGUACGUGGCUCAGCUGCAACGCAGCCACGCCAGCCGCUCCCGAGGGAAGAGGUUCAGCCAGAACUUUCGAGAGGUGGCAGGCAGGUUCCUGGUGUCCGAGACCUCCACACACUUACUCGUGUUCGGCAUGGAGCAGCGGCUGCCGCCCAAUAGUGAGCUGGUGCAGGCCGUGCUGCGGCUGUUCCAGGAACCGGUCCCCAGAACUGCUCUCCGGAGGCAAAAGAGGCUGUCUCCCCACAGUGCCCGGGCUCGGGUCACCAUUGAGUGGCUACGCUUCCGCGAGGACGGCUCCAACCGCACCGCCCUCAUCGACUCUAGGCUCGUGUCCGUCUAUGAGAGCUGGAAGGCCUUCGACGUGACCGAGGCCGUGAACUUCUGGCAGCAGCUGAGCCGGCCGAGGCAGCCGCUGCUGCUGCAGGUGUCGGUGCAGAGGGAGCACCUGGGCCCGGGGACCUGGAGCGCACACAAGUUGGUCCGGUUUGCUGCGCAAGGGGCGCCGGGCAGCGAGGGACAGGGCGAGCCACAGCUGGAGCUGCACACGCUGGACCUCAAGGACUACGGAGCUCAAGGCAAUUGUGACCCGGAGGCGCCUGUGACUGAAGGCACCCGAUGCUGUCGCCAAGAGAUGUACUUGGACCUGCAGGGGAUGAAGUGGGCGGAGAACUGGAUCCUCGAACCCCCAGGGUUCCUGACUUACGAGUGUGUGGGCAGCUGCCUGCAGCUGCCAGAGUCCCUGACCAUCAAGUGGCCAUCUGGGCCACGGCAGUGCAUUGCCUCAGAGAUGACUUCCCUGCCCAUGAUUGUCAGCAUCAAGGAGGGAGGCAGGACCAGGCCUCAGGUGGUCAGCCUGCCCAACAUGAGGGUACAGAAGUGUAGCUGUGCCUCCGAUGGGGCGCCCAUACCAGGACGCUGGAGCCAUAGGCACAGGAAGUGGCAUCCCCAAGGAUGUUACUUCCAUGUAUAUCUGAAGUGUUCUAUUGUACGGGAGAG